UCUAAAGAUGCAAUCUCUACCGUGCAUCGUAGCGGCUCGCUGCAAUAUAUAGAUACAGACCAGGUGUGAAUGCAAACAGUGGAACACGAGUUUUUUGCCUAGUCGAUUGUGGAAUGCUAUAGGACUUAAUAUUGAUGAUGCAACUAGUAUGCAACGAAAUUAUUUUCCAAGUUCGUCAUCAAUUCUAAUGGGACAAAAUUGAAAUUAUACUGUUCGCCAAUUUAUAGAGAGUUAAGAUUCUUAUUUUGAUUAGGCCUAUAAAUCAUUGUUUACAAUUAGGUAAAGUCCUAUGUGAAUUAUUGGCAAGGUAAACGCUUUUUUUCAUAUUUUUUUAAUUGGUAGCUAAUAAACUACCGUACUUUAUAUUGAUGACACUGAUGAAUUGAGCAUUUCAUUGUUUUAUUGGCUUAACAUAGACAAGGCUAUUCAAUAAAUAAAUUUGUUUUCGCUUUUCGACACUCAUUACCUAUCCGCUAAUAGGUGAACAUUAUUGUUAGUAAAUAAUUCGUUCGUUUAGUCUUUUCCAUUCAUUUAUCAAUUCAAUCACCAAAUAAUUAAUUUCUUCGUUCAUUCAUUUUUUUUCACCCACAGAUAAUAUAUCGAAUCAAUCGAUUGAUCAGUGAGUAGGUCAGUCUCACAACAACCCAAGUUUAUUGAACUUUGAGAAUCGUAAACAAUUAAAGGAGAGAACUUUGUGCAGAUAUAUCGAAUCGGUUGAUUGAUCGGUGAGUAGGUCAGUCACACAACAAACCAAGUUUAUUGAACUUUGAGAAUCGUAAGCAAUUAAGGAAGAGAAGUUUGUGCAGAUUUAAGAUUCGAUUCGAAAACCAAAAUGGAGAUUAAGAUCAUCGUUACGCUCUUCGUAACCAUCGGUUCUGUUGAGUCAUAUGGCGAUCAAGGCGAUGUACGUUUGUUUGGAGGUUAUAGUGGAAAUCAAGGGACUCUUGAAGCAUACCUAUAUGGCAAUUGGGGUACCGUGUGCUCGUACAAUUGGAACAAAGUCGCAUCAGACGUUGUCUGCAGACAACUUGGUUAUGAUAGAGCUGAAGACUGGUCAGACAAUUCUUACAGAGCAUAUAAAACAAUCCAUAAAGUAGUAAUUGAGUGUACAGGAGAAGAGUCUCAACUGAGUGAUUGUAAUUUCAACACUGAAAAUUUUGUUGUCUGUACACAUGAUGAUGAUGUUGCACUAACGUGUGUGCAUGCAGGAUUAUCCGGUUAUGCUAUUGCAGCAAUCAUUGUUGGAGUCAUUGUGUUUGGUUGCAUCUUAGUGUUCAUGGUGUGCGUGUUUUAUCACUGCUGCGAGAAAACAACUCCACGACCUUCAAACACGUUUGCUACCAGCCAUCUACAAGUACCCAACGUUUCUCUACAGAUCCAAAGUUAUGGGUAUCAACCUAGUCCUAUUUACCCUGCAGCCCGAUCGGCAUGGUCAUCGGAACCACCGCCUUCAUAUAAUAGUGUAGUCAACAAUCCAAAUACAUUUACAUCGGCUCCUGUACAUACAUACAUCCUGUAGAAACGUCUCCACCAGCUUUCAUACCAUACCAACCACACUUGAAUCAGGGUGUUGACCAAACGGCAUAAUAGUGCUGAAAUGCACAAUAAUAUCCCAGGUGGUAACGUUUUAUACAAUCCGCUUGGAAUUUUAUACAAAACUGCUUGGAUUAUUUAUUGUUGUUGGUUGGACUCAGCUAGUCAAUUAGUCUUUUAUGUAUAUAUAAUUUAUAUAUAGGCCUAUAUAUAAUAUUAAUAAUAAUAUUUUUAUAUAGGCCAACAUUAUUUAAUUGUAAUGCUUAGUAUAUUUUAAUUACUAUUUUUAAUCACCGCGGCGCGCCACUUCCUGUUCUUACUUUGUUUUAACCAUAGCACUAUGCUUAGACUUUUAAUUAUCAUCAGCUAUAUCUACACAUAUCAUUAAGCCUUUAUAUAGUAUGCCGACUUGCUUUGGACUCAACUUAUAUAUUACCACUCAACUCGCUUAGUAUGUUAUUUUUAUUUCGAGCGUUGACAAAGCUACUGGAGUAGUCGAUCUAAAUAUUUAGUCUUUAUCAAGCUAUGAAAUCACGUGGUAAGAUACAAUUAAAUACAUAACAGAAGCUCAAGUAGUGGCUUAUGAUAAACCAAGAGGAUUGAAGAUACACAGAUUAGCCAAUUGUGGAACAUAUGUUAAUGUUUUUAUUUGGUUGUUCUAGUAUAUCUGUUGUUAAAUGUUUAUUUGGUACGUUUCAUAUAUUUUUUUUUCUAUUCUAUUUGCUGUCACGAAUAUAAUCUUCUAUUAUGGCGUGCCUCCUUUUUGCCCUCACUGUAUCUUCUCAAUCUCCACUCUUCCAUUAUUUUCACGCAUAAUAUUUUUAUCUACUUAUUUUUGAUAUUGUAAAUACUUAUUUAAUAUUUUUUAAUUCAUUGAAUAUAUAUAUAUA